AAACCUCUACAUAACGUUUGAUUUAGUUGUAACUGUGCUAUUAAAAAAAUAAGAAAGCAACAACAACAAAAAAAAAAAUCCUAUGAGACCAAAUUCAGGGUUAAACCCCUGACGCAGUCGACGAAGGAGGAAAUAACCAACAGUUGUUUUUUUAUGUUUCUUUUUUCAGACUAGUUCUUACCAAGAAGUUGUCUGUGAGUCAAACACUAUCUACUGACCAAAGGUUUUGGUGAAGUCAUGGCAGACGAAAACACACAGUUCUGUGGCAAUUGCAAACAUGACAUUCCAGAGGCGAAUUUUACUACCCAUGAGAUUCACUGUCGAAGAAACAUUGCCCUGUGUGAUGUGUGCCAGGAGCCAGUGCCCCGCUCAGAUUUGGAGGAGCACAAGCAGCAGGAGCACACACAGAUUGCAUGUAAGUGUGGACUAAAGUUUGAGAAGAAUCAAAUGGAUAUGCACCAGAGCUCUGAGUGCUCCCAGCGGCUGGUCCCAUGCCAGUACUGUGAACUGGAGCUUGUUUUCAGUCAGUCCAAAGAGCAUGAAGAUUACUGUGGUACACGCACUGAGCCUUGCCCGCACUGCAAAUGCAACGUAAUGCUACGUGAACAAGCUGUGCAUCCGAUCAUAUGUGGAAGCCUCACACCACCCCAAGAAAGAAACAACAGUAGGAUGAGUCAGAGUGCAGCAGAACAACAGUCUUCAGAUGCAUGGUUUGAAGCUCACUCCAUCCGAAACCUCUUAAGAGCUCAAGAAAGAGCCCCGAAGAAUAAUAACAUCAAUGCAGCAGAAGGGCAGCCCUUUCCUCAACCAUUUGAACCCUCGGUUUGCAACACUUCUAGGGGACACCUGGCUUCAGGAGACCGGGAGAGUCAUGCACCUCUGAAUACAGCAUUUAACCGCUUCCUGAAGCAGAGUGAGUUUCUCUAUGACAGCAGCAGUAUAUGGCCACACAGUGAGCAAACACUGAACGAAGAUUCAUCAGGCCUGGACUACAUGUUGGCUCUCAGUCUGCAGAGUGAAGGAGAGCCAGUAGCAGGAGGUCUAGAGAGAAACUUGUGGAGAGAUAUAUGGGACCACAAUAUCAAGGAGACUGACGCAUCUGUAAACCCUUCACUGUGUCCACCCAAUAACAACCAACCUCAGUUCACUGAAGGGACGAGCACAGGUGCCAUACGGGACCAUGAUCAAACAGAUACCAUGCUGCCUUGUGAGUUUUGUGAAGAGCUGUUUCCAGAAGAGGAUCUAAUUUUGCAUCAGACUGGGUGCAGUCCUGCCUCUGCAUUUGCUACUUUUAGCAAGCAGCCAUCUUCCCUGCCAAAAGAGGAACCAAUGAGCAGGAACCCUUCAGGACUGAAGCAAAGCCUUCCUAACCCACUUGCGUCUAACAUUCCUACCUUCCCCCGGUCGGUGUCUCCAGCCUCCUACAGUCCUCCCGCCAGUCCUCUAGAGGGCGACGUGGUUAUUCCAUGUGAAUUCUGUGGCGUCGCUCUAGAGGAGGCUGUUGUCUUCCACCAUCAGGAUAAAUGUGAUAUGCGCCCUGAGUCAACGGGCUCCCUAAAUAACAAAAUAAAACCAUUCAUCAAAAAACCACUGAACGAUGCCUUUGGACAGAUUUCUCCAGACUUCCAGAGACGAAUAAGACACCAAGCUGGCUUCUUGGAUGAGGACUUCAACAGGGACAUGGCAGUAGGACAAAACUUCGGGGAAUGGCAGAGAAGCUACACUGGACCACUUAAUCAAAGGAAGACAUCCAACUGUGAUGCCUCUGUGAAACAUAAAUCUCAGCAAGACAUGGAAGCAAAGGGAGCUCAUUUUCCUUUCUGUGAUGCUGAUAUGUCUGCUGCUUCUGCAUCGUUAAAGGGACUCAAUACACCAGAAAACAAAGAAGGAAGAGGAAACAGAAGGAAUCCAAUUACAAAGCUACCCGAGAACCAGAGUGAAGAGCAGCAGGAAGAGUGAGAGCUUAAACUCCUGGAAAAAAGGGAAAACCCAAACCUACUACUCUGCUUUUCAUUUAUCUUAUUUGCACACUCUUUAAUGUCAAACUAUUUGGUAAGUGCCUGUGGGAGCAUUAGUAUCUUACAGUUUAUAUUUUGAUGAAUUUUACUAUUAACGUCUAAGUAAUUUGGUUUAUCCUUGCAUACUCUGCUUAAUUUCCAGACUGAUUGAAAUAUUGGUGUCCCAUAUCUAAACUGAACUGAUAAAUUAUAGACAGAUGGGUUUUAUUUAAGUUGAAUUAUUGUUUUUUUUUUUUUAUAAUCAUCCUUUUGGCUGCACAUAAGUCAUUAAAAAAACCCAGAAAAAUCAAAGAUGUGACUUUGAUAAUGUGCACUUGUUCAACUUAAUCUUUACCUUGUUACUGCUGCCAAGGACACUUUGUUUUUACCUGUUUUCUAUCUCCAUAAGGGUGUCUCUUUGUUUGUCCUGGCUUCUGCAUCUUUUAUGUAACAUAAAGCACUUUGAUAGAUUUUGUUAAAAAGGGCUUAAGGAACAGAAUAGAUAUGUUUAUGCAUCAAUAUAAAAAGAUAAACUGUUUUGAGCAUUUUUGUCAUUUUAUAUAUACCGAUGAAUAUUUGUCUUUAAUGAUUUUCUGUAUCUACUAAGUAAUAUUUUUUUUAAUCCAAGCUGUAAACCUAUAUGUUAUGUUGAAAUGGUUUUGGAAGCUAAAUUUCUUUAGUUUAUCGUUCUUUUAAGUAGUCUGAACAGUGUUAUUGCUCCUUCGAAGUUUAGACUUGAUACACUUAUGGGACACCGUUGACUCUUCCUAUUGGGGGGGAAAAAAAAGAUGUGUUGAUUUUUCUUUGUUUUGCGUGGUAAUUAAACAUAUUAAUUGAUAUAUUGGUGGUUUUCUGGCUGCAGUUUCUUCACAUUACUGUGUCCAUCGAGGCCACUCGGGAUAAAAUCAUAGGACUAAACUCUUGAGAUGCUUGAGCUCACUUGUAUUUCUCAGCCAGUUAACCUAUCAGAAUAUUUUUUCUUCUAUUAUUUAAUUUCUUUAUUUCCACUUUAAAAGAAAAAUCAUCUUAAGGAACCUUACAUAUGCGCAUUGCAGAGGGAGAGAGACAUUGCGCAGUAUUACUGAUUUGUUAUUUUUGUCACAUCAGUGGACAUUCUAGGUUUAAUUGUCAUUGCUGCAAUUUACAAAAAAAGCCACGUGGUUAGUGGGAUGAAAAAUAUUUACAACUUUUAAAAGUGUUUGUCGUCUGAAAGGGACCUUAAGACCAUGUGUUGCAAAUCAGUGAGAGCACAUUUUAAAAAUACCACGUCUGUAGGUGCAAACAUGAUAAAACAUUUGUGUAUAGAAAAAUGAAUUAUAGUUGUAUUCUUUAUUUUCAGUAUAAAAGUUUGGACUGUACUUUUUUGUGUUUCACAUUGACAUGCUUUGGACAUCCUUUUUGAUCUGUUUUAAUUUGUUCACAUUUAAUAAAGUAAUAGAGAAUC